AAAUUAGGCUAUGCUUCAAAAAAUCUGCUGACACGAAUCAUGAGUAAGUAGCCUUAAUUUACAUAAUUUCAAAAGUCCCACCUGUGUGACAAUGUGUCUGCAUUCAUAGACUAGCAUAACAGGGAAUUCCCCUGACUCCCAUGAAUGCUGGCUUCUGAUUGGUCAAGAGUUUGUACUGCAAGCUGUAGUUUCAGAGAAUUAGAAAGCAAUGGGAUUGCAGAGAAAGCUAUUUUCAUCCUUCUCCGGAUCCAGUUGAUUUAUUUCAGACAUUUCCCUCAUUACAAACGUAAGUAAAUCAGUUUUUACUGUAAUAAACAUCUUCUUAACUAUUUAGGCAUAUUGUAAUUUCAAUGAUGAUAUGUACACUUGCUAAGAACAAACCAAGAGUCAGUCCCACCCUAGCCUGACCAGACGCCGUGCGUAGCACGGCGUCUGACCUCCUCCCAUACCGCCAGUACAGUGAACGGCCAAUUCUAGAAUUUCUACAUUUAAAAAAAAACAUUUUAAAUUAACGCAAUUAAUUAUUUUGGAACUAUACUCACAUUUGGCUAUGCCACGUUGCUGUGCGCAUCCAUUGUCAUCUUUCUUGAUAUCUGAUAGUGAGGUUUUACUGAUUUAAUGCAACAAAUUAACCUAAAACUUGGUCCUUGGUGAUCGCACUAAAAUUCCAAAAUAGUAGCUUCACGAAACAUACGUAUUGCGCAUGCGCAACCGGAAGUGCGAGCACGUGUGCGUUCAAUGUGUUACGGAAAGCUUGUCGUCUGCUGCAGGCUAAAAUGGAGGGAACUAUUUCUUCUUGCAUCAAUUGUAAACAAAAUUUUACACCAAAAAACAAAGGCUUUUAUCGUCAUCAAGUCAAAACAACCACCUCGCCAAGAACAUUCACGGCUAUUUUUAGGAAGCCACCUUCGUUUUAUGAACUGAAUGUUUUUAUUUGUAGACGGUGCUACAGGUUCCUCGUCAGUCAAACAAGGCCAGUACAGAGUAGGAAAAGGACCGCCCGACGGACGCUGCAUCAAGCCGGAUCCCCUGGACAAAGUCCUCAACGAGUACAUGAAGAGUCGGAGGAAUAUGAACAUUCAUCACCUGGACUUUCAACUCCAGCUGCAAAGCGACCCGCGCAUUUUCCGACGCCUGACCUCCAUGCACCAAGACCUAACGGAUCCGUGGAGGAAGCGCAGGACACUCCGCAUGAAUCAUGUCUUCUUGUGCAACAUGACCAUGAUUACACGCCCUCGCGAGAAAUACUGAGGCCAGGUGACGGUGAAUUCGCAGAAGGAGAAAGAUGUAUAUCGUCACCAAAUGAUCAAGUAGAUGCUCACGUGCAGACAAACCUUCCGCCAUCAUCGCCAUCAUCAUCUCUUCUAGACGCAGAACCAUCAAUGAGCAUUGAACUCAACGAUGAGCUUCCGUCUCUCUUUCCUGAAUCUGGUUCGAGACCAACCACUGCAAAGGAGAGGGCUGUAGCGAGUGUCGAAAAUUCGCAAUAUCGCCUCGCAUUCAGACAAUUAUGUGGGAAUUAUCCAGCAGCAAAGAAGGCACUGUUACAGGUCACGCAAGAGAUGAUCCGGGAAGAAGUGAAAGCCAUUAAGCGAUCCGGAAGCGCCUUGAGCCAGCCAGUGACAAUUGGAAAUGUCGCAGAAUUCAGCUGGGAGGAUCUUGUAGAGGACACCGAGAAGAUUAUGCCACUCUCAAUCAGUUGCAUCUCGGCAAUGAUGCCUUCGGUCAAAGGGGCCAAGAGAGGAAGAACAAAAGGAAAGAAAGGCUCUCGGAGGGGACUAUCCGAUAAAGAGGCAAAGGAAAUCAUCGACCGCAGAAUGGGAAUUAUACUAGCCAUGGCAUUAUACACCCACUCGCCACGCAGCUUCCAAUUUGUCCAGGCGACCAUGGGAAUAGAACUGUGGCGCCAAGGAGUGUCCCAGAAAGUCUUCCGGACGCUCAAUCACAGUGGCAUCACCAUGGGAGCAGAGCGCGUCAGGUUCCAUGUCGAUAGAAUGGCGGAAAAUCAUGACCAACAACUUAAAGAGUGGAAGUGUACAAUUGAGGAAGCGCCGAGCAUGACAAUACGUCGGAAGCUAAAGUUCAUUACCGGUCCUCCUACAUUUGGACUCUGUAUUGACAACGUGCAGAAGGGAUGUGAAGCAAAACAUCAAGGCAGAACACAUAGCAACAAAUUCCUCCUUCAGACGAUGUGCUACGCGGCAAGGGACAGGGUGCCAGCUUCUUCGUCAUCCUCGACAGUGAGCGAUGCAGAGGACUUAGACCCGUUUAGCUUCUUGCCCUCACCGGAAGUCUUCAACCGCCAGCGAAUGCGCUUAGUAGAUGUGGUAUCGAACAUCAUGGGGAGGCAUAUGGGCUUUUUAGAGAGCUUAUCUCCUGACCUUCCCAUCACACAAGAACACGCACAAACAGCUGCCAUGGCUAAGAAGUCUGAAAUGGUAACAAUUGGAGUUGUGAACGCCAAUCCUAGUACCACGCAGGGGACAAUUUCAGUCCUGGAGCGCCUCCAGACCUAUGUGCCUGUUACCGAAGGAACACCAACACAGACCCUCGUCAGUGGCGACGGGCUGACAAUCGAACGCAUAUUACACGCCCAGAGAGCGCGAAGUAACGGGGAACGAUGGGAGGACAGACUCGACGCAUUCUUUGCAACACCUCAGGAGUUCCACAAGGAGAUCCUCCUAUUGCAGGACUCGAACAAUGUGUUCUUCAGAGGUCAAAGUAUUUCUGCACGAGGAACACUUGCACAACUGAAAUGCGACUUCAAUCACCAUUCCUUCAAAAAAGACGUGAUGCAAAAUGUUCAGCAUGUCUGGGAUAUGUACGAGUUCGUGACCGAGGCGUACACUCUCCUUUGUGCAUUGAAGUUCUGUGGAACGUCAUCCCUAAACGACAUCCCUGAUAGUUUCCCUGCUAAAGGAACGACAGAGGAACAACUCCAAUGGGUAAAGAGUGUGGCACAACAAGUUGUGGACUACAUAUACCAGGAGCCCGAUAAGUCAUCAGUUCAAGUAGCUGCAGAAGCAUACAAGAAUGAGGCCUCUGAAGGAACAGAUGAUGCACUAGGCUAUUGCCUCUGCAAAUCUGAAAAGAAUGACGACAUGGUGCUGUGUUGCAGUUCAACAUGUCACAAGGCUUGGUUUCACCUUAGUUGUGUUGGGUUGACAGCUGCUCCAGACAAAGAGAAAGACUGGUAUUGCAGCGCCGACUGUGAGAGUGGUCCGAGUUACAUCUACUGUGUGUGCCAGCGGAAAGUCGAUCCAGAGGGCAACACAAACAUGGCGCAGUGCGCAUUGAAAGGAAACUGCAGGGGUCAUGAAUGGUAUCACCACAGAUGCAUUGGUCUUCAGUUGACUGAUCUCUUACCCGAGAAGUGGUAUUGCAGUGAAGAAUGCGCCCUUGAUUCUCAAAACGACGACCAUGUGCUGAACCACAGUAGAGCUCUCGUUCUGGAAGGAUUGCGACAUCUAGCCAGGAGAGCAGCAGUUCGGGCUGGAAAUGGACCAGUCAUGGUUGAAGACUGGAAAAUCGAUCUCAUAACUUUCUGGUCAAAGAGACACCCAAAGUACCUCAUCAAUGCCCACUACUUUUUAGCAUGUAUCGGUGGAUUUGCUCCUUCUGACAUCAGGAACAAUUUGAUCUGGAACAGAGUCAUCAAUGUCACUGGCAAGCCCGGAGGAAACAUAGGGAUGGACCUUGGUACUGAGCACAUUAACAUGGACUACAAGGGUAUGAUCGACUUCGCUCAUGGAAAUGUGACUGAGAAACACGCGCAGAGAUGUGCCAAGAUGUCAGGACCAUUUGGUAGGUACCUGGAUAUCAUGUUCAGUGAUGCCGGGAUCGUCUCCAUGAAGACGCCAACUAGGAAGAAAGCAGAGGAUGUAUACAAACAAGAUGUUGCAUUGUUUGUGGAUGAGAACGAUGGAUUUGGACUGUUUGAAUACUUGCCCUUCAGACAACACAAAGGCUUUGAAGGGUUCGACCAUAAAGAGGUGUUGCGAAAUCCAAAGAACCUUGGUAAAAAGCUGAAAGCACUUUCUACGAGAAUGGAUGCACAGCGUCGCAGUGUUAAAUUGUGCACUGACUCAUAGAAAUGGAUACAUGCUAUGGGUCCCGUAUUACUUAGCACUGUCGCAAACUGAGCAGCAUGACAUCACCUGUACAUUGUCCUUUUCCAUGCCAUGCACGAAGAGCGUGUUCAACACCGAUUUCCGGAUGCAGCGGGAUGAUUGGACAAGGUCCCUCAUGUCUUCAUCAACCCAUCUCUUGUUGACUGAAAAGGGUGGCAGAUACAUAAUGGCUUUUCCGGGUCUUCCAUCCCUCGCGCAUCGGCCUGUUUCUUGCCAAUAGCAGAGGACAUCACUAGGGCAUCCCCAGUGGAUAACCUGAUCAAUGUCGGCGAUGUCGACACCCAAACCGAAUGCUAUUGUUGCUACAACGCAGCGCAGCUUAGAACCUUCGGUGGAAAAGUUACGACAUAUUCGUUCCUGACUCUUUGAGUCCGUUGAUGCGUGGUACAUUUCGAUCAGUCUACUUUCCACACUGCAAGACUGCCCUGGUCCUGGAGCAUGGGCGGACUCGGCGAGGCUUUCGUUGAGCCAUGUGUAGAGUUCAGCAACGUGGUCGAUUUGUCUGAAAGAACAAUACUUAGUGACAUUAUUAAGGAUAUUGAAGCUAAUCCACGUGUGCCUCUUUUAAGAUCCAGUCAACAAUAGUGAAAGUGAUAUAAAUUGUAACUGAACGGAAAACCGUUUAUUGAGCAAAGUAACGAUUAACCGUAACUCCUUAUGAAAUUGACCCCUUAUAAUGUGAACAUAAUUCUUUAUAUUGCAAAACGUUAAACGUAAGAAUGAACGCAUCGCUGUCAUAAAGAUUCGCCUAAAGUUUUGACAUACUAGUUAAUUGAAAAUGAAAACCUUCAUAAAACUUAAUUCCGUAAGAAAAAUGAAAAUUGCGUUUUAAAAUUUAUUUACCGUGCAUAAAUGAUGGUUUUUGCAGCAUCGACACCCUUCUCCUUUAAUUCAUCCAAGUACCAUCCAAUGGCUUCAAACUUGUCCUUCACCGGAACCACUGAUAGAUGAAUGUUUGGUCUGUGGAUAGAACAAUUAAAGGUACAUGAACUCAGUCAUAUCCACAGAGCUAUUCAUAUAUUCCUUAAAAGUCUCCUUACACACAAGAUUUCAUUAAAUGUCCGUAUGUAGCCUAAUAGUUUAUGACAUUAUGACUCUCUGCUGUAGACAAUUAAUGUGCCUCAACUGAUAACGAGUAUUACACAGGUUUCUGUCCGAUUUAAAGUUCUGUCAAUUCCCUUAUGAUUCAUUUAUGAUAUUCAAAAGGGCCUAUCCGAGUAAUUAUGAAACCCUGGACCCUGUGGUAUAAAAGCUGAUAUCAAACCCAAUUCAGCAACUCAAACAUAAGUCUCGAAAUUCGCGAUUUUGAUUGGCUAAUACCCUGAUACCGGACUCAUGUUUGAAUUCCUAACAAACAAAACAAAAUAUAACAAAUAAAUAAAUUAAAUGAAAGAGAAUAAUAACAAUGAAAGUAACAACAAUAAUAGUCAUCGACAUCAUAAUAAUGAUAAUUAAAAAAUAAUAAUAAUAAUAAUAAUAACAACAAUAAAAAUAAUAAUAAUCUAAUGUUAAUAAAUGCAUAAAUAAAUACAUAAAGAUAUUGACUGCAUUUUACUGAUAUUUUGUAUCAUGCAGAAUGUAGAUUUGCGAGCGCGCAAGUUCUCCUUCCGCCCCCUGUUGAACCCUGUCCCUAUUAAAAUCUUUGAUAUACCCCUGAUCACUCUUAACCAUAUUUAUUAUUUAUAAAUGUUCCUAGUCGCAACCCUGCAGGGCUGUAUUCUUAUUUUGUUUUUGCUGUCUGAUUUUCAUUUUCCUUUAAGAUUUCUCACAUAAUUAUUAUUACAAUAAGGGAAGAGAAGUUCAGUAGUAGAUACUAUGUAUGUAUACUAUGAUCAUGAUCAAUUGACUUGAAGAAAUCAUUAAUAAUGAUCAUUCACAUUAACUGCUUAUGAUGAUAAGGUAUAACCAACCUGUUGGGAAUAGCGGCGAAUAUUUCUACUUCUUCCCUGCGGAGAUUCAGGUUUUGAAGUAUUUCUGUGACCAUUCUGUUUGUUGCCGUGGCUGUAAGAAGCAUUAUAGGGCAUGCCAGCCUGGAUGUCAAAGAUGUGGUCCGGAGGUACUCCUCCCUGAAUGUAAGACCCCUGUAAGAUGAACACAAAUGAUUGGUAAAAUUGACUCGUUUGACCUAUUUACCUAUCAGUGAAUGUUGUGAAUUUGAUAAUGUGUAAUUAUGGUUUAUAAUUAGUGUCUUCAUGUGAAAGUGCACAUCCCACUGUGCAUGAGUGAAGUAAACUGAGCUCAGAAAACGUAGCUCCUUGUUAAUAUUUAUGAAAAUGACAUUGGUGCAGAGUAUAUGUAUAGGCCUUCAUUAUGUAAACGAUGAAGAGGAAAUACCUAUUUUGUCUUAUAUGAAUAUGUCACAUUUUGAAGGCGCAUUUUGCAAACUCGCUUGCUGUUUAAGACUUUCACGCAGCUUCAUAAUGCAGAGCUAUCUUGAAUGGGCCCAUGUAAUCACAUGAUUAGCAGAAACAAAAGUGAUAAGCUUUUAAAAGACAUGUAUUUUGUAUGAUAAUGGCUUGAAAUAUAUAAAUAAUUUUCAAGAACAUGCCAUUUUGUAAAGCAGUGAACCUCAUCUAGCACCAGCAACGAAAUCCUGUUUUGAAACUUCCGCACCCAUUGCCACCACUUAGGGGACAGGAUGGCCUCCGGGGAAGUAAAAACGAGGUCUGUCCCUCCAUUCAUCAGGUCUGUUUAAUAAAUGAAGAAAUAACAGGAACGUUGUGAUCGAUGCAUUCAUGUCAAAUUCUAUCGAGUGCAUUCUGUAUAUAAACACGUGAAAUAAUCACAUCCCACAUCUAUUCCACUUGUAUUUCUUAUCAACAGAUACAACAAGAACUAUAUUGAUAUCGGGUGUACAUAGAGGACAACGCCAUGCGUUUUACAUCUGUGGUGUUAAUUCAACACCCAAUGGUGUUAUUCUAACAUUUUUGGUGUUAUGUCCAAACUCUAAGGUAGUAAUUUUAAUACCUGAAGGUGUAGUCCUCUACUAAAACCGACUGGUGUCAAUUUUAACACCCCAGUUUUUACAGUGUAUGUCGUCUAUCUAUUUUAUUGUACAUCGGAUUUGAUGUUUUGCAUUAUCACUUCAAUAAUAAUAAUGUUAUACACUAUUACCAUAUAUUUAACCAUAACUGUGGCAAGAAGAAGCACUAUUUGUUGUGAUGUAAAUUAUGGUAAUGCUAUUACGCCCUACCUAUACAAGUGAUGACGAUCCUUAAUGUAUAAUUUUAUUGCAUCAUUUGGGUAAAGAAUUUUCUACCGAGGAGAAUGAUACUAAUUAGAUCUUUGAAUUUGAUUGAGUAGUGUUGAUUCAUGUCGUUUCUUUAAAUAAAGUCAUUUUCAAAUUUCGAAUGUUCGGGGGGAGCCCAUUGAUGCAUGCAAACAAAAGAAAAACUGAAAUCGGAAAACGGACGCAUGUUACACGCCAUUCCCGACACAAGUACUCCUAUAUAUUGGUCGCUAAAAGCAUGCGAAAUUUGAAAAUGAUUGUAUUAAAAGAAACGGGCAUAGAAUCAAAAUUACUGAACCAUUUACAACAAUCUUGGCAUCAUUCUCUUUGGUCUUUGGUAGAAAAUGAUUUAUCCAAUAAUGUAAAACCAAAUAUGUAGCUUUUGAAUUAAGGCAAGCAUACUGAAAAAUCUUCGUUCCACUUUAUUUCUGGGACACCUGGUAUAAUCCGCUGUAUGACCCACAACGUGUAAAAUCUCUCGUUGCUGUUUGAAUUACCGUUUUCAGUCUCCCUGUCCAUGUCAUGACCUGAAUGGCCAAGAAUGGCCGCAGUUCUGAUGCCAAGAUUCUUCCAUCUGCGCACCUGGUCCAGCAUUAGACUUUUAAGCGGACUUACUACGAGGGUUAUGUGUGUUUUCUGUGGAUUCAGCUGUAAAAAAAAAAAAAAAGAAGAAGAUUAAUGCAUGCACAGGUUUUAGUUUAUCAUACAUUUGUAAAGGUAACUAUAUAACUGUGUUUGUUAGUUAUAUAUUUUAGACAGUGAAUAUGAAUGUUAUUAGUUUCUUCAAUUUUCUUUUUGGUUAAAUAUAAUCAUAUUCACUAUGCUGCAGGAUGGGAAUGGGGAGGGGGGGGGGGGGGCUGGUCCCACCAAUCUUAUUUUAUUGAUUAUUAUUAUAUCUUUAAGUGAUCAUUUUAAGACCGAUUGUGAUUGGGACAAAACCAGUACAUUUUCCAGCAGCUCUGCCUAAUUUUGAAACCUUAAUUUUAUAUUUUAUUUUCAUUCAUUUAUGUGUGUUAUUGUUUGUUUUUUUGUAUUUGUUUUUGUUUUUUGUUUUUUUUGGCUGGUCUUGCAUCCACAUAAUUAUGGGAAGUAUGCCGUUCCGUUCCUUAUUUGGGCCUGGUAUCUCAUUGCAUGAUCAGACGGACUUUUUAAGGCCCGCUAUCCGAUGAAUGUAUACUGUAUGCAUGCAAAUAAAAUAAUGAUCUGAAAUUAGACCAGCAUGAA